UUCUACGAUUUCAUUCCGACCCCCGAAAUCACCUGGUACCAUGCCAAUAAGGGUUUCAAAUUCAUACUGUACGUUCAGGAAUACGACUGAAAUUGGGGACGCCGCGAAAACGGUCUAUUAUCAAAAACUGACCACUGAGAAACCGGAGACAUUUCUUUUGGCCUAACAGCGCAAAGUUUGAAAGCGCUUUCUUUGUUGCUCAGUCAAUUCAUGCACAGUGGAUGGACGCAGAUUCCUGAAAUUGUUGCCACCGGGAGCAAGCAAGCCAAGCAUGGUAUGGACCAUGGACGUUGCUUGUCACCGCGGCAGCUAUGAAAUCACAUCCAGCCUCGCUCGAAAUCCGACAUUUUGUUCUACACUUGUAGUGCAUUUCGUGCCAUGUCAAAGUGGUCCCAAUGCACGAGGACCUACAUGUAGGCCUACAUGAACUUCUGCCAUGUGUACAUCUUUAAUAGUGUGCAGUACUGACGUGCGCACGUAUUUACUCCAAAUCCAGGCAGCUAGUGAACUGGCCACAGCUGUUUUGCAGGCAUCAUGACAGACCAAGACAAUCUCACCCAGUCGCCAGCCUGGAAGAAGCCCUCGGAUGUAAUGAGAGUCCGUCUGAAGAAAAGACGGUCUAGCAGCCUAGGGAACCCUCAGUUAGUGGCCGCCAAAAUUGGGACAUGCGAGCGAGUAUCCAGCAGUGAAGAGGACACCAACCACCGCCCUGGCAAGAGGCGGAACCCCUUUGGCCAAGAUGGUACACCCCCUGUGCGAUGGAGAGGCUCGCAAAACGAUGCUGAAGAGGAGAAGGAAGACAGAAGAUCAGGUGGAGAAGAAUGUCCCAUCGCUGGGCAAGAGGAAGAUGCAGUGGGUGCAGCUAGAGCAGAAAGUGGAGGGGGGAGAAGCAUUAGCCUUUUGGAGGCUUUGGACUCAGGAGACGAGGCAGUGUUCUUAGAGGGCUCUGAGGGUGGAAAGGCACCAGUGACAGAGUACCAGCAAGCGUUGAGUGUUAACAUCUCCGGGAAGAGAGAAAAACAAAAGGACCAGACUGAAACAGGAGAAGACCCAAAUACUGAGACAUUGAGCUGCGAAUGCCUGCCUCUUGAUUGGAGCAUCAAGUCCAGGGUCAGGUUCACCUCCUCGCAUCCAUUCAGCUGGAGUACCCCUCUCAAGACUACAGAGGAGGCUAAUGGCAUUAGCUCCUUUGUUAGGUGUGAUAACCUAACCGGCGAACAGCGCAAAUCAUCUGAGAGUGACUCUGCCAGGCACAGCCAUUGGAAGGCGAGACUCCAGCAGUCUCUCAUGAUGUGGAGUCAUCCUCAACUUCCAUGGGUGAAGCUGUUUCCAAGAAUCAUGCUCCGAUCACAGUCCACCAGCACGUCUUUUGCUGCAUUUGAUGAAGCCAUUCAAAAAGAACUGAUAGCCAGUUGGUCUGAAAGCUUUCGCUCAGUGUUCUAUCUCCUGCGGUCUGGCCACUGUCCCUACUUCUACCUGCUAGCUCAUCAGUAUACCGUACUCUUUAGAGCAGCUGGGGUGGGAGGAGUCAGUCAUAUCCACGCCCUAUUUAACCCCACCACAAAAGGUCUCAGAGAAGCAUUCAAAGAAGAAGGUAUUGAAUUCAGCAUGCCUCUAGCCAAGAUCGAGGAUCCACAAAGCAAAUCAAGAUCUGACUUGGAAGACGCAUUCAGAGAGCAGUACAAGGAACCUUCAGAAACAGAGAGUGGAAAUCUUAACCCGAUUGAGACGGAGGUUGACCAGGUCCUUGCAGAUGAUGAGGAUAGAGACCUCGAGGAGGAGGAGCUAGGCUUAAGUCCAAAUGACGAUGCUGCGUCGUCAUGGUUACAGAGCAUGGGUCUAGACAGGCAGCACUUCCCCACUCUGGAACCUAGCAAGGUCAACUUCCAACGGGAUCACUUGAUGAGAAUUGACAACCGACCUGAGUCACUGGUUCUGGUCCAAGGAUCCGACAUCCAGGCGCUGUACAAUUUCCUUCUCAACACGCGGACGACGGUGGCAGCCACUGGUAGCACAGCAGGGAUACCACCCACCUUGAUGGCUCCUGUGGCAUUCCUGGGAGCCAGUCUGAGUAGCUUCAAGUGGAGACCAGGCGUGGUGAAGCAAGCGGUUGGUAACAAGCUCCAGGAAUCCUACAGCUUAGAGAUCACCGGUCCCCUGCUGCCUCACAACGUCUUCAGCAUCUGUCAGCUCCUUGAGGAGUCCCAAGGAGCUGACUUUGGUGGCACUUUCAACAGCCACGAGCCGACCGUGCCAUUCACUCUGGUUGAUGCGCAGAACAAUGCCCGAGAUGCAAAGACCGAAAGACAGGAGCAUUUACAGGGAAACAGUCGAGCAUGGGAGAGUCUGUCCAACCACUUGAGGAUGCAGGUAGAGCACGGACAGACUGGUAUCUUGAAGGAGUUCACCUUUAAUGGAUUGUACCAGUGGUGGAAACAGUGACAUAAAGGCGGACCCUCUCUUCCUGGUUUCCAACAGAACAAGAAGCUAGAAUCUGAACUCAUGGCUGAAGGUAAGAUGAGGCAUUGUCUCAAAUACCAUCUGGAUGGAGCACUGACUACAGGCUUAGUUUCUUUGGUUUUAAACUCAUAAAAAGAAAACUUUCGUGCAGGUUUGUGAGUACUUUGCCAGGGUUGAACCAGCCGCAAAGCUUUUGCAUUUCACUGAUCGUGUGCAGCAGAAAAAUGCUGUCACACUCCACAUAACGCCACAAGUUACGUUUCAUGAAUGGAAACACAAUGUAUACAAUUCCCUUGAUAAGGAAGGUCCCGUGGCAAUCAAAAUGCCUCUAAGUAUUUCCCGUAAAACGCUGUGAUCACUCUAAAAUUUGUAAAUACUGAAUUCUAUUUAUAGAAACAAAAAUUAAGCAGAUGCGACACAUUUUUAUGGGAAUAUUUCUUUUCAAAGAUAAGUUCGAAACUGCUUUAAUUUAUCUGAAUUUGAGGGCAAAAUGUAAAUGCAGUUUUCAGAAAUAAAUCACACCAUCACAAUGUCUUUAA